AUGGCUGAAAAGUACCAAGGUCAACCACCGUUGGAGACGGUACACAAGCUAUUAGAUGAGCUUGCAAAUCUUGACAAGUUGUGUAUCACAUGGGGACAUGCAAUUGAAGAAAUCGAAGACCAGUAUGGGCAAAAAAUUAGAGUAGCAGGUGUAAAUCUUGACCUCCUGUUUUUGAAUAUUGUCUUGGUGAAAUACCAAGGUCACGCAGUAGCUUUGGGAGGUGUAUAUGAUGAUUUGCCUGCCUUUUGCGCCCAGUAUGGGGUGGAUCCUGGUUCUCUCCAAGGAGAUGCCCUAAAAGUGAUUGAAGGACUCACUAACAUGAAAAGCUACCUCGUGAAUUUUUAUGACGCCUGCGAUCGCAUGGAUAAGCAAUCUGAUACCACAGAGCAGCGAGAUAUCCUGAGAGAUCAAUGCAGCAAUGUCAUUAGCCGCUGGCUUGACCAGAAGCCACCCUGUUCUAUUGAAGAAGUGCAGGCUACCCUGAUUGAUCUCCUCAAGCAACAUGCUCGCGAUGUGCCUUUGAUAGAUGUACAGGAAGUACAGGAAGUCCCGGCAACGAAGAAGCGAUGGACAUGGAAACAAAUCAUGGAUCGCACGCGUUUUAGCAAAAAGUGA